GCUGGUCAGGCACUUGAGCCGGUAGAGCCGAGACCUGGUCCCCACCCCAUCCCAAUCCGGCCGGGGUUCAGAGGUGCGGAGAGGCGGCCCAGGGACCGAGUCAGAGUCAAGCCGCAGGACCCAGAUUGUGUGUGUUUGGGGAACGCCACCACUACAUCCAAGAUGCGUUUGGGUCUGUCCUCCAGGAGCGCCCGCUCCGAAGAAGGAAGCGAGAUCUUCCUGGAGGGACCACUGGAUGGAGAACUCAGCCGCCUGCACCGACAACGCAAGGUGAUGGAGUUGGAAAGGCGGGCAUACAGCAGGGAAGUUCACCAGCGCAUCAGGAAGCAAGUCGAGGAGAUUCGGCAGCUGGAGAUGCUUCGAGCCAAGCUCCAGAUGCAGAUUAACGUAGCGCAGACCCAGGUCAAGCGACUGGGAGACAAGAAGCGUUUGGCGGACAUGGACCAUCUUCUCAAGUGCCGGGCCCAGGUGCAGAUCGAAAUCGAGGCGUUGCAAGAGCAGAACCGGGUCCUGGAAAAACAGAUCCAGGACUGGGAGACCCAUAUCCUCACGCAGAGUAAGGAUAUCUCAACUCCUGAUGUCAUCUUGGAUCAGAAGAUGAAGAUCCAGAGGAGGAUCAGGAUCCUAGAGGACCAGUUGGACAGGGUCACCUGUCACUUUGACAUCCAUCUGGUGAGGAACGCGACCCUGCGGGAAGAGCUGGAGUUGCUGCGCAUCGAGAGGGGCCGCUACCUGAGUAUGGACCGCAAGCUGAAGAAGGAGAUCCACCUACUUCAGGAGAUGGUUGGAGCUCUCAGCACAUCCUCUACUUCUGCUUAUACUGCCAGGGAAGAGGCCAAGACCAAGAUGGGCAUGCUGCAGGAGCGUGCAGAGAAGGAGCUGGCCCAGAGUGAGACAGAGGCACAGAUCCUACUGAGACAGAUAUCGCAUCUGGAGCAGCUGCACCGAUUCCUCAAGCUCAAGAACCAUGACCGACAGCCGGAUCCCGGUGUGGUGCAAAAGGAGGAACAGCGAGCAUGGGAGACCUCAGAAGGACUCAGAAAGACUUCCCAAGAGAAGCUAGUGCUGCGUUACGAGGAUACUCUGAACAAACUGGCCCAGCUGACCGGCGAGAGCGACCCGGACCUUUUGGUGGAGAAAUACCUGGAGUUGGAGGAACGCAACUUUGCUGAGUUUAACUUCAUCAAUGAGCAGAACUCGGAACUAUACCAUCUUCAGGAGGAGAUUAAAGAGAUGCAGGAAGCCUUAGUCAGCGAGCAUGCCAGUCAGGAUACGCAGAGCCUGGAGCGAGAGCAGCAGUUUAAAGUGUUGCAGCAGGAUGUGGAAAAAGUGUGCUCUGAGUCGGAGCGGCUGGAGGCUCGCUUCCAGGUUCUCCGAGUUCAGCUGGAAAAGAUCAAGGCUGAUAUCCAGGUUCUCUUCGACAAGGCUCAGUGUGACGACAGUGUCAUCAAGGAUCUCCUUGGGGUCAAGACCUACAUGCGGGAUAGGGACAUAGGUCUCUUCCUGAGUACCAUUGAGAAGCGGCUGGUGCAGCUUCUCAUGGUGCAGGCCUUCCUUGAGGUCCAGAACAAUAUCCCUUUGGCUGAUGUUGCGCUUCUGGCACUGGGUCAGAGCGUACAGGAACCCCCAAAGAAGACUACCCCACUCAAGCCUCCUGACACCAUGGAGGACUCCUCAGGGGUUGUAAUCAGAGACGAUUACCCUAUGAGCAAGGAGGAACUGCUGAGUCAAGUCAUGAAGUCGGUGCAGCUCCAGGAUGAGGAGGGGUCUCCAAAGAAGCGGGACAGCAGCCCAAGUUUGACUCUUUCCAGCCCACGCAUCUCCUUAGCAGCUGCCUCUGUGCACGCUAGAAAGGGCAGCAUAGUCCCUGAGUCUAUCCUGAGCCACAAGACAGGCCGAGGCCGUGGCACUGGCUCCAUAAGCCAUGUCACCUUUGGUGACUCUGCUUCUGCUCCAGGCCCUGUGACCUUGGCUUCCACCAGUGCCAGUGGACUACCUGUGUCCGGCCGGGGCUCUCAGGGGGGGCGUGGGGCCUUCAAACACACUAGCUCCAGCAGCUACCUGGGGUCUACUGGGUAUAUAGAGACCAGCAGAGGCCGAGAGAGCGGGACAGGAGGCGGUCACAGCCAAAGCAUGGGAUCCGAGAUGAGUAGAGGCUUCAGCUCCGCCAGUGGCCAGAUAUCCAGUGCUGCCCCCGCCUCCAGGCCCAGCUCUGCUACCAGCAAGGACUCGAGGGGCUACAACUAGGGUUGCAGGUCCCCUUCCGUCUCAACCCUUGGCAGGUUUUCUACUUUGUGCCCUGCUCUUCCCCAGAGACUCCUUUCCAAUCCCUGUAAGCCCAGGCCUCUCCAGCUUCCCUCCGUCUCUUCCCAUCUGCUCCCAUCGUUCCCCUGCCUUGGCCUUGACUCUCUGUUGCCCUCCUCCUCCUCCUUGCUUCCCGUCUCUGCCCUCCUCACCUCUCCCCGAAGCUUCCCUUCAUCUGAUGUCUCUGUCUCCUAACUGGAUUUCCCUCCAUUGACUUAGGUGAACCGUGACAAUAGGAAAUAAAGGUCAGAGCCCCGUUUUUCCAA